AUGACCUCAAACAACGCUUCCUACCUCAUCAUCGGCGCCGGCGUCUUUGGCGUAUCCACGGCCUAUCACCUCAUUCAGAAAUAUCCCAAUGCCUCGGUGACUCUAGUUGAUCGAGACGCAUACGACGCCGACUCUCGCGUAGCCGCAUCGUGGGACUGGAACAAGGUAGUGCGCGCCGACUACGACGACAAGGUCUACUGUCGACUCGCUCUCGAGGCCCAAGACAUCUUCAAGUCGAAUCCUCUCUGGCAGCCGUAUUUCCACCAGACCGGCGUCUACUGGACCUGUCGCAGCAGCUACGCCCAAAAUGUCAUCACGAACCAUAAGGAGCUCGGUCGCGACGACGACAUCAUCGCUCUACCGGUCGCCGAGGCCCGGAAGCUAUAUGGUGGCAUCUUCGAUAACGCCGACUACACCGGCGUCAAGGAGGUUUUGAUCAAUCGCGCCAGUGGAUGGGCUGCUGCUGGCGAUUCACUGAAGGCUGUCACGAAACGGUGCCUUGAGUUGGGCGUGAAGUAUGUGACGGCUGACGUUGCCGCGCUGGAAUUCGACGGCCGUGGCUCUUGUACUGGUGUGAAGACGAAAUCGGGUCAGAUAUUGUCGGCGACGCAUGUUAUCGUCGCUGCGGGCGCGUUCACGCCCACUCUGUUGGAGUGGAGUGCUGUGGUGAGCGGGAAUCCUGGUUUGCGAGCUGGGGAGCGGAUUCUGGCCGCUGGUAUCACGACGGGGAUGGCGCAGCUCAAUGAGGAGCAGUAUAAGAAAUACAAGGACAUGCCGGUUGGCUUCCAGGGCUACACGCCCGAAGAGGGCAAGCCCUUUAUUGGUACCCUUCCCCCUACCAAAGACGGAGAGAUGAAAUGGUGGGGCUCGAAGAUCUUCACAAACACUCGAGAAGUGGUGCCUGGGAGUCAUAUCUCUUCCCCUCCGCCCACAUUCGACUACAACCAGUGGAAGGUCCCCGGGCCUCUGAGGCAGGACAUCGUCGAGUCGCGGAAUCUAUGGUAUGGGCCCGCGAGCGCGGACUGGAACAUGACGAAACACCGAAUUUGCUGGGACGCUUUCACCACGACCUCCGACUUCAUCAUCUCCCCUCACUCGGCCUCGAAGGGUCUCUACGUCGCCACUUGCGGUUCUUUCCACGGGUACAAGUUCUUCCCCGUGCUGGGCAAGUAUGUUGUUCAGAUGCUGGAAGGCGAGUUGACGCCCGAUUUGGAGGAGAAGUGGGCCUGGGAUCGACAGCGUCCGGAUUCGUCUGAAAACGUGGAGUAUCCGAACGCUGAGAUGAAGCAUCUCUUGCAGCCUGCGGCGAAGCUAUAG